AUGACACAGUCAGAGGCAGCAACUGAGAUUGAAAAGAUGCGGGCUUUAGAAGAAAGGAUAAAAGCUCCAUCGAUAUGGGGCCGAUUACCUUGUGGUAUACGAUUCGAAGACCUACAAGAUACACGAUAUGAUGACGCUGUUAAACUUUUAAAAAAACAUUACCUUCCUGAAGAGAUAACAUAUCGGUCUGUAAAAUUAUUGGAUGACAAAGAAGGUACCGAUGAAUUUAUACACAACGCUCGUAUUUGGAUGAAAGACAAAAUAUCAAUAGCAGCGGUCAAGGAAGGAACUAAUCAAUUAGUUGGUGUUUUAAUUAUGAGGAUACAAGAUAAGAGUGCUUUUUCUAGAACAUUUAGUCGUGUGAAACUUACACAUAAUCCUCUUUAUUCGAAAGUAAUGAAAUUCUAUAAUGAAAUCGAGAAACCUAUUGAUUUGUUUAAAGAGAUGGGAGUCAGACGAUAUUUAAAGUUUUACGUCAUAGCUUUGAAAGGAAGAUAUCGGCAUAGAGGUAUUGCAAAAGAAAUGUUAAAGGCAGCUAGAGAGCUAGCUGCGAGUGCAAACGUACCAGCUAUCGCUGGUAUUAUGACUACAUCACGCGGUCAGGUCAUCGCAGAGAGUUUGGGAUUUGUUAAAUACAAUGAAAUUUAUUAUAUCAGAUAUCUUAUCGAUGAUCAGAUCGCGUUCUUUGACACUGGUUUGGGAAACUAUGGAGCCGCAUUAAUGGGUUAUCGUAUACCAGACGUCGAAGAACCAGUAGAGGUUCAACCUCAACGAUCUUCAAGAUUCAAUAUACAGCCUAUAACAACAGAAGACGAUGACUGAGAUCUAGAAGA